AUGCCCGGGCCCACUCCGGCUGGUCUCGCAGGUUUUCGCUCCCGAUCUGCUGGCCCAGCCGCCUUCCAGCAGCUGCCGUGGUCAUUGCCCACCAUCUCUCGCUUGCUGGUGGAGAAAUCCCCCGCCACCGCCGAGCGGCAGCGUGGGCUCUCCCGUGGGGGCCACUCAGCCGCCACUGCUGACUGCAUCCGCCACGACGCUGCCAGGCUCCUCCUUCUUCACCGACUCCUCCACCAGGGCCGCCAAUUACGAAAUCGGCAGUCGCAAACUUGCAAGGUCUGCCUCGCGGCCCUCCUCCACCGGCGAGCGGAUCUGUUUUCUGUUGACCACUCCUAGAGCCGGAGUGAUUGCCGGGUAUGCCCGUAUUUGUGUCCAGUGACUAGAAAGUCUCGUUGAUUGCUUGUAUUAGAUCUGCAGGACAAACGCGCGACAGACAGAGGAGAAAGAGAGUGCCCCACACAGGCUGACGCAGCAUGAGGGUGCCCCACACAGGCUGACGCAGCAUGAGGGCACCGCAGAAUCAUCCAAGUCUACUACAACAGGUACCACAGCGGGUUCCUUCAUGUACGAAGCACAGAACCGUUCCCCAGAUCCUUCCUACAUAUGCACACACACGAACACCCUCCCUGGUUCCUUACGCUAGUAAUUGACCAUCACCGCGUGUUGCUCAACGUACCCGGACACCACCGAAAAACCAAAUAGAAAAAAAAGGCUUGCAAGGGAAAACCCGGCCUCCGAGCCAAAAACCCUCGCAAUGAUUCCAAGACUGCCAAAAACAAACAUCAUCGUUGUCAUCUCAAUUACUCCAAUUUCCUACAAACGAAGGCCAAACACAGUGCUACGUUGGCACUUUAUUUCAGCUACUCCAAUUCCCCUUCAUGGCGACAUACCAAGCGGACCAAACUACAUCGAUGGUUCGAAUGAUCAUCUCAACAUUUUCAGGGAAAAACAAACAUCAAUAUACCAACGCUAGCUGAAACACAGCUGUGCUCUCCCGCGACAUCUGGCCUCCAAUUCGAACAACAAGGAACGACGUUGAUACGAUCAAAACACGGUAGCGACUGUUGAGGGGAGGUCGUCAGAGACAUGCACGUUCACUAACAUCAGGUUAACGCCACAUUGGAUGCCCUCCCAUAUUGUGCGACCAAACACAAGAGUACUCAAAUUGCUACCAGUAUUCUCUGCUACAGGUACCAACCGGAUUUGUCGGUCUCAGCGGGGGUCUUCUCUCCAUUGCCAAGUAGACUCCGGUUCCUCCCACCCACCCGCAAAAACCCCUGCUGCUGCUCGCCACCCUGGUAAGCGCGCCGACUACAACGACAAAUGCCCACGCUGCCCCCCCUACAUCUGGAAGCGCGUUGGCGGAGAUCUGUGAUGACUGUGCAGCUCCCCCCUUCAUCUGGAGAACCGCCCAACCGAAAAGCCCAGCGCUGCCCUCCCUACAUCUGGAGGCGCGCAGGUGAAGAAAUGCCGCCCUCCUCUACAUCUGGAGAGCAUUAACCGGCGUUGCCCCCCCUACAUGUGGAGGCGCGCCGGUGAAGAAAAGUUGCCCUCCCCUACAUUUGGAGAGCGUGGACCCGCGUCGUCCCCCCUACAUCUGGGGACGCGCCGGUGAAGAAGUGCUGUCCUCCCCUGCAUCUGGAGAGCGUUGACCUGCGCCGCCCCCCCUACAUCUGGGGGCGCGCUGGAACUACUGCCCCCCACGUCUGGGGUGCGUCGGCUGGCGCU